AUGCAAGUCAGCCCAGAGGCAAGCAAGGCAGCUCUCGCCUCUCGCCAGAUGCUUAGAAUUAAGCCGUCGAACUGGGUAGCUGAAGCUCCCGAGGGCGUUUGCUACGGUACCAGCAGCAAACCCCGACGGGGAAGAAAGCGUCUGACAAUCGUCUACUCUUUUCUCUUUGUCAACUGGGAAAAGGACCUGUUCUGUUUCAAUGCAGAUCCUCUCGGAGACCCGCUCAGUUCGAUGCCAUCCUUCCGCAAGAACGUCCAGAAUGUGGCUAUCAGUGCCGCGUUGUAUGAGCCUACCUAUAUCCACGAAUCAAGAGGCAGCCCCGGUAAAAAGGGUAGCCAUGAGCUGCGAAUAUUUUCAAAGAUCAACGAGAACCUCUCGGAUCCGUUCAGUGCCAUUUUGCCCUGGCCCUGUAUGACCCGACUCAACAAGGUUAUCUUGGUCAUCCCGGGCUCCAAGGUCGCUGACGCAUUCAAUGGGCCUAUCGAUAUCUCUCUCGCCAGCGCCGGGGGCGACAUGGCCUCGGCCGAAUCGAGCUCCAUCAUCAGCGACGACAUGGACUUGGACGACAGCUCCACUGACUCGCCCGAACUGAACCCCAUUGACGAUGACGUUAUGGUGGACUGGGAGGACAUGGACUCGCCCGACCCGAGCCUCAUUGACAGAGACGAUUUUGGGUUUCACCCAAUCACAUCAGACAUGGAGCAUCUCGGAAAGAUCACCAAGGUGGUUGCACAGACGGACGGCAGCGCGGUUCCCUUCCAAUCGUGGGUCAAUGAGCUCAAGCUGGAAGCGCAGAAGAGGAUAUUCGGCAAGAGCUCUGACAAGGGCCACGUCGAGGUCGUCUUGGAUUAUCUGGACGACGUGGGCGUCCCGAACGAGUAUAUCGGUUACUGCAGACGACACAAAGACACCUAUUAUCGACUUCCGCUCGCCGGACUUGUUUCUAAAGCAGUGUGCUAG